GGCAUGCUGGGAACCCCGGGGGGGGCGGGGCCUCGCGGCCCUGCAGCCUCGUCAGGCUCAGUCCCCUCCCGAUAAACCCCUAAAUAGGGACCUUCCCGGGGGGUGACCCUGGCUUUUUUGGCGAAAACCCCCAGUUUAAGGAGGCCUUCCCCCUGGCUUCACGUUGUGGAGUCGAAAGGAACCUUGAAGCGGAGAAUGAGGGAGCUCGUGACGUGGACCCGAGGAAAAAACCUGCCAACCAGGAUUUAAUAGAAUUCAGCUCUUUUAGGCGUUGAAGGGAAGGCGAUUUGAACGGGGUUUUAAUGAAAAACCCGAUCGCUUCGGCUUUUCUUUUUCCCUCUGUCAGGUCUCGUCCCGUGAUGGUCCUACUUUAUUUUUAAAAAAUUAAAUGGCGCAUAUUCCCCAGCAUCCUAAAUCUAGUGCAACCUAGUGGCAGGUGGAGAAAAAAUAACUACCAACCGGGCUUCCUGCGAGGUCCCCUGGGGUUCUCGCAAAGUUCUGACCCAGCCGGCAAAAACAAAGUGUGCAAAGACUCAACUGGAUAUUGCCACUAAGAAUCAAGAGAUUUUUUGGGGGACUUGAGCAAGAAAACGUUAUUUUUAAAUGCCCUGCUCCAGAGCUUGCUACAAAUGAUACAACGUGUCAUGACAGCUACUGGUAACGUUUUUAUCCCUGGAUGGCUGGCUUGGGUGCAGAUGUUUGGAGACCUUUUAAAGACACCAUGCCACAAGAAGACUGAUCUCUUCCACUGUUUUCACCAUGGAGGACUCCGGAAAGACUUUCAGCUCUGAGGAAGAAGCAGCUAACUAUUGGAAAGAUCUGGCAAUGACCUACAAACAGAGGGCAGAAAAUACACAAGAGGAGCUCCGAGAAUUCCAGGAGGGAAGCCGAGAAUAUGAAGCUGAAUUGGAGACGCAGCUGCAACAAAUUGAAACCAGGAACAGAGACCUCCUGUCAGAAAAUAACCGCCUUCGAAUGGAGCUGGAAAGCAUCAAGGAGAAGUUUGAAGUGCAGCACUCUGAAGGCUACCGGCAGAUCUCAGCCUUGGAGGAUGACCUCGCACAGACCAAAGCCAUUAAAGACCAAUUGCAGAAAUACAUCAGAGAGCUGGAGCAAGCAAAUGACGACCUGGAAAGAGCCAAGCGAGCCACAAUCAUGUCUCUCGAAGACUUUGAGCAGCGCUUAAAUCAGGCCAUCGAAAGAAACGCCUUCCUGGAAAGUGAACUUGAUGAGAAAGAGAAUCUCCUGGAGUCCGUUCAGAGACUGAAGGAUGAAGCCAGAGAUUUGCGGCAGGAACUGGCCGUGCAGCAGAAGCAGGAGAAACCCAGGACCCCCAUGCCCAGCUCAGUGGAAGCUGAGAGGACAGACACAGCUGUGCAGGCCACGGGCUCCUUGCCAUCCACGCCUAUCACCCAUCGAGGACCCAGCUCGAGUUUAAACACACCCGGGAGCUUCAGAUGUGGCCUGGACGACUCCACAGGGGGGACGCCCCUCACGCCUGCGGCCCGGAUCUCAGCCCUCAACAUUGUGGGAGAUCUACUGCGGAAAGUUGGGGCACUGGAGUCCAAACUCGCUUCCUGCCGGAACCUUGUGUACGAUCAGUCUCCAAACCGAACAGGUGGCCCAGCCUCUGGACGGAGCAGCAAGAACAGAGAUGGCAGCGACAGACGGCCCGGCAGCACCAGCGUGCCUUUGGGUGAUAAAGGGUUGGGGAAGCGCCUGCAAUUUGGGAAGCCGCCUUCACACAUAUCUUCGCCGCCGCUGCCGUCAGCACAGGGGGUAGUCAAGAUGUUGCUUUAGGAAAACCACGGAAGCUGAAGCUCUUGGUGUCGGUGCGGGAGUCGUUACUGUUUGUCGUCUUUUUACACUAGGUUUUUGUUUUGUUGUAAGUUAGAGAAAUAAGAACCAGCACUCACCAUAGUUGACUUUGCAGCCCAAGCCAAUGACAGGCCGUCACCUGUGAUCUGGGGUUUGCCCCUGGGAAACGUCUACUCAUCCCUGCCUGCCACUGUGUGCACUGCAAAGAGGGAUAAACGGGGCUUUCUGGGAAAAGCCCUAAGGUGUCGGUGAUGAGGCUACCCUGUUUUUGUUUGUUUUUGUGUUUUGAAAUAGAGUCUCGCUCUCUUGCCCCAGCUGGAGUGCAGUGGCGUGAU